AUGCAGAGCAUUGACAAUUUCAGCGCGGCAGAGAAAAACAAGGGUGGCAGAAUUCCAAUCUCAACAGUCUACAGAUACAUUUUGACGACCUGGGUCACAUUACUCAUCCAAAAUCCAGAUCUCCGAGCUGAUGCGGAUGUGACACCAACAGCGCUGCUGAGAGUGGCAGCAGCGUGCUCGGCAAGCUCCUUCUCUUGCCUCUACUCCCGCCUCUACUAUUGCUUGUCGCUGGUGCUGUUGGUAUCAAGGGCUGCCUUCCUUGACGAGCAACAAGACGCCCCCUUCAUCGCCACGGGAGAUUCGCAGCGUCUUGCAGGGGACGAAGAGCGUUUUGAGCUCGAUUUUACGUCCCAUGAAGUCGACGGUGUCGGAGAGUUCAAUGGAAUAAGUGAGCUGCGGUGUCCUUCCUCGAAUUUAAUCUGUGUUAAAGAGGAAGAACUCGUUAGUUAUGAAAAAUGUAGAAGAAAACCAGUCUCCAAGUUUUCUAAGCCAGUUAUAGCUUCUAAACACUACACUCUCUCUUUCGAUCGGUUGGGCCGCCGCUUCUUCUUCUUGCAAGCUGGAGUCCAAAUGCUCGUCUCCCAGGUGGUGGUGGCGGUGAUCUUGGGCGUCAAGUUUGGAGGAACCAAAGAGCUGGACAAAGUUUACGCUGUGAUCGUUGUGAUCGUGAUAUGCUGCUACGUCUCUGCCUUUGCCUGGUCUUGGGGACCCUUGGGCUGGCUCGCUCCCAGCGAGAUUUUCCCACUGGAGAUGCGAUCGGCCGGGCAAGCGAUCACGGUGGCAGUUAAUCUCUUCUUCACCUUCGUCAUCGCGCAGGCGUUCCUCAGCAUGAUGUGCCACAUGAAGUUCGGGAUCUUCUUGUUCUUCGCGGCUUGGGUGGCGAUCAUGUUAGUCUUCGUCUACUGGUUCAUACCCGAGACCAAGAACGUUCCAAGCGAGGAGAUGAUGGAUGUGUGGAGAAAGCACUGGUUUUGGAGGAGGAUUGUCCCGGACCAAGAUCCUCCGGUUAUCCCAUACAAGCAGGAUGAUGAAAGCAAGAUGGGCGUAGAGAUGACAAACUAA